AUGGUGCCGCUGGUGCGGAGCGCCGGGGGCUCCCACCAGUGGCUGACCGUCGUGGUCCUCGGCCUUUGCUGGUUCCUACCUCCCGGGAGACUCGCCGCUCCCGGAGGAGACUUCCCCGGGGCGACCGUGGACAAUCUGGUGGUCAGGAAAGGGGACACGGCGGUCCUUAGGUGUUACUUGGAAGAUGGAGCUUCAAAAGGUGCCUGGCUGAACCGGUCGAGUAUUAUUUUUGCUGGAAGUGAUAAGUGGUCAGUAGAUCCCCGAGUGUCAAUCGCAACAGCGAACAGGCGAGAGUACAGCCUGCAGAUCCAGGACGUCGAUGUGACAGACGACGGCCCCUACACGUGUUCUGUGCAAACUCAGCAUACUCCUAGAACGAUGCAGGUGCACUUAACUGUACAAGUCUCUCCGAAGAUAUUCCGUAUUUCGAAUGACAUCGUUGUGAACGAGGGCAGCAAUGUCACUCUGGUGUGCCUGGCCACGGGGAAGCCGGAGCCUUCCAUCUCCUGGAGACACAUCUCUCCAUCCGCAAAGCCCUUUGAGAGUGGCCAGUACCUGGACAUCUAUGGAAUUACAAGAGACCAGGCUGGGGAGUAUGAAUGCAGUGCAGAAAAUGAUGUCUCAGUCCCAGAUGUGAAAAAAGUAAAAGUCACAGUAAACUUUGCCCCCACAAUUCAGGAACUUAAAUCCAGCGGUGUGAUGCUUGGAGGGAACGGACUGAUACGGUGCGAAGGUGCAGGAGUUCCUGCCCCGGUCUUUGAGUGGUACAAAGGAGAGAGGAAACUGAUCAAUGGUCAACAAGGGAUUACUAUUAAAAACUAUAGUACAAGAUCACUUCUUACUGUUACCAAUGUGACAGAAGAGCAUUUUGGCAACUAUACAUGUGUCGCUGCCAACAAGCUAGGGACGACCAAUGCCAGCCUGCCUCUCAACCAAAUUAUUGAGCCUACUACCUCUAGUCCUGUCUCAAGCCCAGCUCCCAGUACGGCCCAGUACGGGAUCACUGGUGACGCCGAAGUCCUCUUCUCCUGCUGGUACCUUGUGUUGACACUGUCCUCCCUCACCAGCAUAUUCUACCUGAAGAACAUCAUUCUGCACUAA